UGUUUUUACGCUACAAAGCUCCAUUAGUGGGUUACGGGUAGAUGGUCAGGUUCACCCCAAACGAGUAGUUUUAUAUACAAGACGUGCUGUAUGAAGAUCUACAGCGGUUUUUAAGAUGUUCACCUGUUCCUGGAAGUGCUCCAUUCAUUAAAAGAUGGAUUUUCAAUUCUUCAUUGAAAGAUGGAUUUGGAGGUCACCAUGCUUUUGUCACAAACAAUAUCUUGAAAGUAACCAGAAAAAUCACCUGCUGUAAAAAGCGCCGGGCCUCUGAUCUCGGAUCUCAGCUACAAUGUUCUCCACAUGGAUUCUGCAUAUGGUUGGAUUUGCUCUGCUGGUCAGGGGGGGCAUCAGUGAUGACAAGUGUCCUCAUCAUGACGUCAAGCCUGGGAAAGAAUCUGCAGUGCUGGAUUCCUUGCAGUGCCACAAUGACUACAUGAGCUAUGCACAGUGCACAUGGGAGGUCGAUCCACAAUUUCAUCCACAAGAAAACACGCAUGAAUUGUACUACUGGGACGCACAUAUAGACGAAGAUACACUUUGCGUCUCGAAUGCAUCUGGUGUGCUUUUAUCCAAUGGGAAGAUCUCUCACGUGUGCCGCUAUAACUCUGAGAGGUUUAACUUACAUACAAGUCACAUUCUAUACUUCAAAAUGCCCUGUGUGCACAGAGCCACAACUCUCAGAGUUGCUCAGCAUGGAAAAGUUAAGGCCCCAAUUGAUUUGACAGAGAGGGUGGCUGAUGGCGGAGGUCGUCUGCUGUCCUGGAGAAGCCCAUAUCCUGUAUCCUCAAAUAUCACAGGAACUCUUGUGUACCAGCUUCAGUAUCGCAGAUACAUGCAUGACUGGACUAUUGUGGAUAACACCAGUGCUUCUGAGUAUAUGAUUGACAAGGAGUCACUGUUGUCUGGUUACCAUUAUCAAGCCAGAGUGAGGGCGCGAGGUCCAGUGGGACUCUGGAGUGACUGGAGCCCCCUGGUGUCCUGGAAGACUCACAAUGAUGGAGUCUUUAACCUGCAGUGCGUGAUAGCGGGAGAAACAACUGUGACGUGUACCUGGCAAAUGAAGACAGAACAUUAUCAGUUUAUGUCUUAUCAUCUCUGGUGCAGUAAUAGUGAUAAUCUCUCCGUUUGUUGUGAAAAUCCUCAGCUGAAGUCGAGAGACGUUGAGCUUUCUGAGUUCAUGUGUUCGGUAAAAACCCCUGACCCUUACCUGUUAACAGUGGAGCUGAGACAAGUGUACCACGCUAGGACGUUCCCUACUUCAAAGCACAUUAAACUUUCACAACCUGACCAAAUCCAUGUGAGGGAAGGCGAUGGUGUUUUCAUACUGAACUGGUCUAAACCAGUUGUUUCCAUAGAUAUUCAGUUCUCCAUCCAGCUAAAAAUCUCGACCAACAAGACCUCAGAAAUUUGUACACUUUCUGAAGGGGAGAGCAAUUUUGACCUUUACUUUACGAAUCUAUAUCCUUCAACUGAAUACCAGGCCCAGAUCAGAUUACUACCUAAACCUGACGAUACUUAUGUCAUUGAGCCAUCAGAAUGGUCGCAACCAGCAGUGUUCAAAAUUAAGCCAGUUUCAUCAUCCAUCAGCCCUGUAAUCUACAUUUUGACUACUGUGUUUGUGGGCGUGCUUUUUUUCGUCACCUUGUACAACGGGCUACCAGUCUUACACAGAAGGAUCAAGAUUUGGAAAGGAUCGAUUCCAUCACCCAUAAAGAGCAAAGUGCUGGAGGGGAUGGUAACGACUCCCGGUGGAUGGCCAAAUCUCCAGAGUGAGAAAGAGACAACCUCCAUCUGUGUACUACUGGCUGCAGACAAUGUCAGUCUCUGCAAAAGCAGUGAAGAUGCUGUUAAAAUGGCAAGGUCAGGUGGAUCAAACCACUUGCACGCCUAUGUGGGGGAAGGCAUGUGCAAAGACAAAUCAGGCAUGAACUUCAGCGGGCCUUAUAUUCUGUGCUGCGAGGAAUCCUGCACCCAGGACAAAUUACCUGACGGCUCUAUGGACAGACAUCACACGUGCGUGUCGGGAAAGUCUGAGAGUUUUGCUCCAGAAAAUGGAGGCUACGUUGUAACUCCUCCCACCGCCAUGCCAGCAACUCAAAACACCGACCCCGUCGACAGCUCGACCGAUAACCCUUCAGAUGAACCCCCUGCAUACACCCCCAGCCCAGAUCAGGGUUGUAUGGUCCUCCCUCAUCCAUCCGGCUACUUCACGAUGCCAAGUGUCGUCACAGGUUAGUCAGAGCCAAGAGGAUACGUGAUGAUCACACAUUCUGGAAAAUAACGAUCAAAGACUCAAUAGAUUAGUUUAAAAAAAUAAAGGGCCUACAGAGAAGGAGCCAGAGAUGGAUGUCCAGGGCUAAGCACAAUGAAUGGAGCACAGUCAAUGUAGUUCAAAUCUUUUGCUUUACAUAAACUGUCACUUUAUAAGCAAUGUCUAGCGACGGAUGAAUGUUUCGCAUGCUCUUAAUAGAAGGGGGUGAAAGACACAUUGGAGCUUCAGUCAGACUUAUCGAGUUGAAGCUGUUGUGCUGUGACAGUCUCACCAACAGAUGGCAGUGUUGCUUUAAAUGAUUGUAAGAAUUGUUCUUCUUUCCUCAGUGCAAACCGUGGAAAGCAAACAACGCAUUAGGUCGAAAAUGAAUGUUUUUCCACAGUGCCUCACAUACUUGCUGCAUUGAAUGUCCUUUCUUCUUCACAGUUUUUGCACUUAAUUCAGCUUGACAGACAUUGGCAGCCUCAUUCACUAACUGUGUACGCAGGUAUUCGUGCGCGAAAUCUGCUUAGGAACGUUUUCACGCAGAAAUCACAUUCCAUCAGUGAGUUUCAAAAACCGACUGAAUCCACAAACACGCAAAACAAAUAAAUAAUGUGAUAAUAAAUGACAUAUGUUGAGUAAUUUGUUAAGGCAAUUUUAAACUGUAUUAGAAAACUAGACUACAAAAACGAGUCUACAAACAUUUGAAAUAUUUUUGGAAUGAACAAAUUAAAUUAAACUUGCUUUACUCAGAGGUCGUGCGUACUAUAGGCUAAUAUAAAAAUAGUUUGCUGUGUUUAAACUGAUUUUGAGAAUGGUAUUGUUUGAUUCACACUAAUAUCAUACUGC